UCGUUCCAAAUCGGAAAAGCUCACCCAUAAAUUCUCCUUUAAAAAAAAUCUUUCUCUAUUUAUUAAUACUAAAGCCUUCCGGCUUCUACUUAAUUUUCUGCAAAUUACUCUGUUAAAACUACACUAUUUUCCAAGAAGCACGACAGGACAUUGUGUUUAUUGCGCUGCCAAAUGAACAAAAUAUCCUAUAAAUCAUUAGCCGUGAGCUACUCCAAUCUGUUUAAUAUAUAACCCGAGCUUGCAAGUGCUUUGCACGAUUUCAAUACUCUCUCCAAAACGAAAACUUUUCAUUGCAAAAAUGUUGCAAGUGAAUUUUUCAAAGCUGAUGUUUAUUAAAGCUGGUUUCGUAUUAACCACAGACUUUUGUACACGAAAAUUCAGUAUUCUCUCAGUCGGUUGUUACCGACUUUAACGUUCUUUGCAUCCGAGUUGGAUCUAAAAUCAGUCUGAGUUAUAAUGAGUAAACCUGUUACCUGCAGCCUGCAGAUUUACAGGGUCUGCACAAUCAGAUCUGCACGCUCCCUGUUCCGACCGGGUCCCUCUACCGAUCGUUUUUAGCCGGCAAUCGGAGAGUAAAUCUAUCAGCAAUCGUUGCAGGCGAGUUAAAGGAAUGCAAGACUCCUGUCAACUUGAAGACAGCACACAUACUUUAAAGGAUUGGUGUCUUUCCUAAAUUGCCAAGAUGUCGAGUGCUGGGCUAGCAGCACAGGAGAUCCGCAGUCCACUGAGUAACUGCUUCAUGCAUGGUACUCAUGGUGUCAUCGGAAACAAGAGCUGCUGGAAUCAGUCAAGUACUUUGGACAACAUCUACUUUGCCGAAGCCACAGCCGUGACCUGUGCUUUGAACGCUGCUCCCCAUAAACAGUCCUACAUUGUACCUUCAACCAACAGACAAGAAACAGAGCCACUAGGACUGAAUAGAGACUGCUGUUUUGGAAGCUGCCUCAGAUCAUCCUUCCACAAGGUGCAAGCAGCACCUCUGAAAAUGCAAAACUGCGAGGAGUCUUUAGUACAGUUGGAGAAGGAUCAGCUGUUGCCUCAGUUUAAUAAACUCUCAGUGAACGGUAAUAUGCUGGCACCACCUCAAACACCAGUAAGGGGAGCAACUGCACUGAUUAACAUUGGAUGCUCCAGUGACCGAAGCUCCAAGCCACUUCCACCACUGCCUUUCUCGGGCGAUGUGUCUUUCGAUGACGUGGACAGUGAGGUCGAGUCCAUCACGAACUCGGAAACUGACUUGCUCUUGCAGGAUUACAGACCACUAAGCUUCAGGUAUGGAGCUCCAAGCAGACGGAGCUUCCGUGGGUGCGGGCAAACAAACUAUGCUUACUCUGAGAGUGUCGGUCAGAGUCGAGUGCCAGAGAGUUCCCACGUUAUAAAGGAUACUAAAAUGGAAAACAAAGAGGUCACUGAACAUCGUGCUCGCCCCCACCGCAAAUUGCGACGUUCGCAUUCGGGCCCAGCUGGAUCGUACAACAAGCCCGCCAUAUUGAAAAAUGCAAACUGCCUGUCAAGUUCAUCGCCAGAUUCCAUUGAGGUGAAGCCUGAGAUUCCCCCUCGAGUGCCCAUACCCCCACGCCCAGUGAAUCAUGACUACAGGAGGUGGUCUGCAGAGGUAAUGCACUGUGAUGAGGACAAACCACCGAAGGUUCCGCCACGAGAACCCAUGUCCGGAAGCAAUUCACGCACCCCAAGUCCCAAAAGUCUCCCAGCCUACCUCAAUGGGGUGAUGCCCCCAACACGAAGCUUUGCACCUGAUCCCAAAUACGUCAGCAACAAAGUCCUCCAGAGGCAGGCAAGUGACGGGGCGACCUUGCGGGUACCAUGCAUUUUACCGAUCAUUGAAGAUGGGAAGAAGGUGAGUUCCACGCAUUACUACCUGCUUCCUGAGAGACAAAUUUCAGAAGUAAUUUGUGGAAGCCCAGGCCUCUGAGGAAUCAACUGAUUGCACAGUGCAACACUUCAAGACAUUUGCAAUCACCAAACCAGAGACAGUAAAGCAGAAACUUGUUUCCAAUGUUGACUCCUCUCAGUUGCAACAAAAAAAAAGGUGGCAAAGAAUAAUCCCAGUCUUAUUAAGGCUCCUGGCUUGCAGGAUCCACAGAAAAAUAAACAGCAUUGCGGAAUGUGAUCCCAAAACCUCAGCUAAAUUCCAUAUAUUACAUAUGUAUAUGUGGAAUAUGACUUGACCAUUAUCUAUAAACUGGAAGACCUUGAACAAUCCACGGUGAACAGGAUGCCUGCUUUGGUUUUUGCGAUAUGAUUUUUUUGUGACCUUUUCAUCAGGAUGUCUCUGUUGUUUAUAUUGCACUUUAUCUACUUCUGGAACUUUGCAAUGAACAAUGAACUAGACAUUGGGCAUGGCCACAAUGCCCUUUGAUAUUCUGGCAGGUGCAUUGCCUAUUUUGGCCCAUCAUUAACCAUGAACCUUGUAGAAAACUAAUACUGAAAAUAUUAGUUUCUCUGGCCAAAACUUCUUUACAUAACUGUUCGGAGACCCUUUUGGUUGAGAAACUGGCAAUUGUUACAGGGCAGUGUACAAGCAAUUAUGCUUGGUGUCAAUUCAGCUCAGGGAUGCUUAAUGAAGGUCACCUCUUACUUAAUGGCUAUUUAAGUGAAAAAGUAUUAUGUUCAAGUGAAGGGAAAGAAUUAAAAGACUUUUUAAAAACACACAACUGCCACAAAUUCAUGUUUCUGCCUCUCUUCGCCAUCCACUCAAUGAUUUGCAGCAUUGUGUUAAGUGGUGGAAAAUCCCAAAGUUCAGAAGGAAGGGAGUGGGUAUUCCAUUUUUCCCGGAAGGUUAGCAAUCUGCAUGCUGCUAUUUCUUCUUCAUUCCCUCCUUGUUUUUUUUUAAAAAGUGAAACCAAAUGAGGUUGAGGGAGGAAGGAGGGUAUGUUGAGGGUGGGGGGCUGCUGGUGGAAAGGGUUUCUACACAUUGUUCAUUAUUCUCUGCAUAUCAGCACUGGACGCUUGCCUGUUCUACCAUGUUCAAAUACAAUGCACAAUCUGAUUUUUCACGUAUAUUUUUUUAAAGUGUAGAUAACCAAUGGCAGUUAACAGGAGUUAUUGUAGCCAAGACCCUGCUGGCAAUAAGACUGCAGAGGUGUAGUUUUGACCAGCUACUCUCUGAUAUCAUGUAUAAAUACCCUUUCUUGGUGAUGAUAUAAAAUGAAUCAUGAAAGGCAUGAGUACAGCCCAAACCUGCCACUUUAUACAUAGUGUGUCUGUGUUCAAACACUGGAUUUGAAGCCAGAGCCUCAAAGGUCCCUAAUAGUCACCCUCCAGGAGGUCUUGCUGCCCAAAAUGAGUACUGUUUAUGGAGGGACACAAUUUCUAUCAGUCUGCCCCUUAGUGAUUCAAGGCUUGGACCCUUACAAUCUGGUACUUUGGCAUCACUUUAUCGUCUGGAAUUGGGGAGAGGGGGAGGAGGAAGGAGAAGCAAGAAGACUCUCAGAACGGGUGAGGGAAAGGUUUUGGGCCUUCCUAUUUUGACUCACCUCCCUGCUGAAAACCAAUGAAAAGGAAAGAAGCUUCAAUUGGAGUUUAAAAGAACAUUCUCCCUCCUCCCCAUGUAUGACUAUGAGCAUAUCGAGGGAAAUGGUAGCGAAAAACAGCUUGUGUCUCAAACUUGUAGACUGAGUAAAGGCAAGCAUAGUAAGAGGUUCAGUACUAACCUACAAGCUAGUUUACAUGGGUUUGGACUGGACUAGGAACCUAUAUGAAGAAUCAUGCAGGUACUCAUUUGGAAAGUUUUAUGUCAGAAAUCAAUUAACUGUAUGUAACAUAAAUGAAGGCCUAUAUUUCUGCUCUUGUGUACUCACUGGCUGUAACAUAUUUUGUUUCUAUAAUAUUUGUUGGAAAGCUCCAGAACAAUGUUUCUGUGGGUCUGUGCAGUAUUAUUAUAUAUAUUUAAACAAAAAAAAAUCUCAGCUGUCUUUAUUUUAAAGUGUGUGGUUUGCUCAUGGCUUUUGAUUUGUACAUCCGCUCUUUCGACAUAAUUUGGUGAUAAAGUUGCUACUGUGACAACCUAAUGUAAAUUCAGACCACGAUCCGCAGUGCACCUCCACAUUUUUCAAGCUCUGACUUUGACCUGUAAAUGAUUCAUGAAAAGUAUCUCCCUUGGGGCGUGUUAAAGACUUUCUGUUCUCUUGUAGUUUAAUUGGAGGCAAGAGCAGUGAGAGCAAUGAAUUACAGAUGUGCUAGGGUGGGCCUUUUAAAACAAGCCAGCUGCACAGGAGUCAAUUGUUCCCUCUUGCUUGGUGUCUGCAGAUGUACAGGAAAUGAAUAAAAUGCGUACACGUGAGCUAAAUGUCGUGAAAGAGAAUAAUUCAUUCCUUCUAAGUGUGUAUUGGGUCAAAAGAAGAAAAAAGGUGCUAUUCACUGUUCUAAAAUACUUAACAAUCCAUUUGAAAUGUGUUUGCUGGUAUACAGUGGAAGC